CUGCGCACCCGUGUGCUGAUGUCGGAGAACUAUACAACCGCUCGCUAUCGUAUGCUACUGAUAUCAGCGAUAAGAAAGGAUAUCAGUGAUGAGUUUAAACAGCUCCUCGAAUUGCAGAUGAAAAUAAAAUUUGGCGAACAUGACGAUGCUAUAAAUUAUCUCAAUGAAGUAAUGCGCGACAAUCGCGAUUUCAUCUACAAAGUAAUCGAAAUGGUUGCUGAUGAUUAUACACAGAGAGGGAUCGAAAACAUGGAAGGAUUCGGAUGUUUCUUCCAACAUUAUGAGCUUGAUCAAGGAGUUGCGUUAUUUAAGAAGGCUGCUGAUGCUAACCCUGCGAAAGCUUGUCCAAUGUUACUCGCUUUCCUAGCCAUGCGUCCCCAAGCUUUCAACGCUAUUUCGGUAGUUUUUUCCGAUUAUUGA